AUGGCGUGUGUCCCAAUACUCCUCCUCGUCUUCCUCACAGGCUGCCUGGGCUCCCAGAAGGUGUGUAGCUACCACGACAUUCUGGUGCACCUGAACCUUACCCGAGACAACGAGAUGUACACGGCCACGCGGCCAGUCCUCGACCACACACACCCCACCGUGGUCCGCAUGGACCUCGCUCUCUACGCCAUUUUAGCCGUGAUCGAGAAAACACAGACCUUCACACCAUUCAUCUGGAUAAUAUUGAUGUGGAAUAAUGAACGCGUCUCCUGGGAUCCGGCUAUGUUCUGCGGGAUCACAGAACUCUCCAUUCCCAAAGAGAUGCUUUGGAAACCUGACCUCUUGAUCACUGAGAUGACGGAUAUGGACAACGCGUCCCAGAGUCCCUACGUGUACAUCACCUACGACGGCAACGUGACCUUCGAGGAGGACCUGAAGGUGGUCAGCACCUGCAAGAUGGACGUGCACAAGUUCCCCUUCGACACGCAGAGCUGCAACAUCACCGUCAUGUCCAUCCUCCACAGCGUAAGUCAACUGAGGCUCACCCCGUCCUCCAACUCUUCCCGGAUCACCCAGUUCACCCGCAGGGUGAUGCAGACUCAGGGAGAGUGGGAGUUCCUCAGCCUGGCCGUCACCAACGAACUGUUCGUCCUCGGGGAUCAAAACUGGGAUCAGAUCAUAUACACGAUCUCCAUGAAGAGGAGGCCCCUUCUGCAUGUCAUCAACUUCCUGCUGCCCGUCCUCUUCUUCCUGUGUCUGGACCUGUCCUCCUUCCUCAUCUCCGACCACCGGGGGGACAAGCUGGGCUUCAAGGUCACCGUGCUGCUGGCCAUCUCCGUGCUGCUGCUCAUCCUCAACGAGAUCCUGCCCUCCAUGUCCAACCGGACUCCCCUCAUAGCCACCUACUGCAUCGUGAUCUUUGCCAUGAUGCUGCUGAGUCUCCUGGAGACGGUGUUGGUGACUCACCUGAUGGAGAAGGACUCUCAGCAGAAAGGUGUCCCGGAGAGGGAGGCCGUCCUGGUGGAGGACCUGGAAGGCAAGCAGGUCAAGGCCGCCUCCCCCAGCUCUCCUGCCUCCCCCGCCUCCCCAAGCUCCCCCAGUCCCUUAGAGAAGGGCUGCGCUCGCUGUGCGUGCGUCUGCGAUUGGUUGAGGUCUGAGACGCCCCGUGAUCAUCUACCAAUGGCUGAGCAGGUGGCGGACGGCGGUCCCGCCGGGGGCGACGCCCACCUGUGGCUGAUGGUCCUGCAGGAGCUGAGGGAGCUGAAGGGCCUGGCCCUGGCCUGGGUCCGCCAGGCCCACGGGGGGCACCCCGGCUACUGGACCCGCCUGGCCUAUAGGAUCAACGUGGGCUUCUUCAUAUUCUAUGUGGCGGUGGCCCUGUUCUUCCUCACCCUCAUGAUAAAGGAAUGGCAGUCCUAG